UUCAGGAAAGCAUUGUUCAGAAGUGUUUCCCAAGGCUAUUUUUAACCUGUUAUUUUACAUUGAGAAGUAGAUUCCAAUUCUGGAUAUAGGAAAUGUGUCUUUUCUUUUCAUUUUGAUUCAACAUGGGUUUCAUGAAGCUCCUUAAGUCAUCUCCAGUAAUUAGAGACCAUAGGUUUCCAAAGUUAUUCCUGCUGUUACUCAUCAACAUUUCUUCAACUGGGCUGUUGAUGCACUGGUGUCAUGCCUCAAACAGCAUGGUGCUGAUGGCCUACACCUGCCUGAGCUACUUCCACCUGCUGUCUCUGCUCACCUCGCUGCUCGGCCUCUGGGUGGCCACCCGGCGGCCCGAGCUGGCCAUGUCGUACGGCUUCGAGCGCUGUGAGACGCUGGCCGUCUUCAGCAGCACGGUACUCGCCCAGCUGGCCGCCCUGUUUGUCUCAGUCAGCUGCGCAGAGAGGCUCUUCUUCCCGCCUGAUGUGGCCACUGGUCGGAUGGUGCUCGGGGCCGCUGUCGGCCUUCUCUGCCACCUUCUGCUGGUAUACAGCGGGCCGAGCCGAACCCUGCAGCACGUGAUCGAGGUGUCCCCCUCCAGCUGGCUGCAGGAGCAGUUCGCUGACGUCUGUAGCAGUCUGUGCGGCGUGGUGCCGGGCCUGGGCCGCCUCCUUCUGCCGCGCGUACACACGUUGGCUCUGCUCUCCGUCUCGGGGGCGGCCCUGGUGGCUCUGACGGCGGCCGGUAUCGACGCGCGACACUAUCACGUGGUGGACCCCAUAGCGGGCCUGUGCCUGGCCGCCUGUCUGGUGGGCACUAUGUACCCGCUGUGUGUCAAUGUCGGCAGGUCUCUGCUGCAGACGACACCUUCACACGUGGUCUCACAGCUGGACAAAUGUCUGCGUGAGGCGCUCACACUGGAUGGUGUGCUCGAGUUUCGGCACGAGCACUUCUGGACCCUCUCCACCGGAGUGCUGGCGGGCUCCCUCCAUGCGAGGGUGCGCCGGGACGCCAAGGAACAGGAGGUCCUCUCGAAGGUGUCGGCCAGAUUCGCCAGUCUCGUACACGUGCUGACCGUUCAGGUAUUCAAGGACGACUGGACGCGCAGCCAGACCACGCUCCACCUGCUGACCUCGUCCGCCCUGGCUCUGGAUCAGACCACGUACGCUCCGCCGCGCUACGCCACGCCGCGGCUCAACAACGACUACUCCUCGCGGGGCAGCUUCUCCCCGACUGAGAGCUCGCCGCGACCGGGUGCCACUGUCGCCAGCGCGCCGCUUCUGGCGACGGCAGCGAACGGCGGCGGCGGGGACGCGCAGAGGCUGUACCUGAGCGCCCUGGAGCCGGCGACGGUGGCGCCGCCAACCGACCGCGUGGCGUACUAUGUAAGCGGCGACGGCGCGCCGCGGUGGACGGUGGCGGCCUCUACGGUGGCGGCGGGAGGACGGCGGUGAACGGUGGGUGACGGGGAGGGGAGGGAAGGGUGGGGAUGGGGAGGGGUACACUUGGAUGUCUGCAACCAUCAGGGUUGGCGGUCGAGCUCUGAUGAGGAUGGAAGGCAUAGCAGAGGACGCCCGAAUUGGUGAAGAGCUGGCACUUGACAGCCGGGGACCUAGUCGCUGUUAUGGUGUGCUUAUAAGCCAGUGCUGCGGGACAGGAAGGUCUUGACUGUGACGCCUUAGGAAUGGCUAAGGGAGGAAAUAUUUUGCGCAUGGAACAAAAUAUCCAUUUUUGUGAGGUAGUAUUUCGUUGGCCAUGGGGUAUGUGGUGGUAUGAGUAUCAGCUGACGAGCUUAUUAUUUCACCGUAUUCGAUUUCGCCCUGUAACUUUCUUUUUGCAAGUUUUUUUUUCUGCUUAUAUGCUUUCAUAUUUUUAUGAUUAGCAAGCAUGUAUUGAACGAUUGCCCAGCAACGUGAUGAAAGUGUGAAGUGCGUGCAGCUGUUUCAAUAUUGUUUUCAACUAAGAUUCGCGAUAAAUUUCGUCGUAAAAAUAUCGUCGCCAUUAAAUAGAAGCAAUUUGCUCGUCCUAACCUUUAUAUCAUUUCAGUAUUCUGUGACUUACAGUUUAAUGCACAUCUGUCAUCGUUAAGUCAGUUAUUCUUUUACAAAUAACAUGUUCUACAAAAUGUAGGCUCAGUAAGAAGUAGGUACUGACAAGUCUCUCUUUGAUACUAUCUGAAUGAUAUACUAAACUUCAAACAUGGUUGCAAGGGCCAUUAAUGAUUCGGCCUCAAGGGAGCGCUAGUGUAAAAUUACAGGUUAAAUGUUCCGAAUAGGUCCAACGUUUCAGUUGCGCUGGUCUGUCUCUGGUUUACCGAGUUCCGAUACGAGGAUAUCGAUUACUAUCCAAAAGCGACGUCCGGGCCGCGAUCGCGCGCAUAUAUUGGAAUCCAACAUGGAUACAUAUGGUGAAUUACACUUCUUAUUGGUUCUUGGUCGCAGCUUUUAUUGAUGAAAAUGGCUUGGUUAUGUGUGGAGGUUCUACCUGGCGUGGUGUUUGCUGGCUCACCACUAAAAAUCGUUGUGUAUGUGUGGGCGAACGGCUGCUAAAUGUGUGGUUGACGCAUCGCCGUCCGUAUCGAGCAUCUCUAUCCCACAUUUGAUCAGUUACAUAAGCUCGUAGAGACAUGGGAAUUUUGAGUCGAUUGUGGUUGAGCCUGUAUGUUUGGACUGUUUGUAGCGAUACUUAGACGAUGCAGCACGAUUGUAAGCCUUGUAAAGUAUGGAUGAAGAGCACACUUAGACACGUUUUAGGUUAGGUAGAUUAUCUGAAAGGUUACAAGAAUUUGACAUAUUUCCAGACUGAGGACCGGGGUCAAUCGGUAUGCGGUGAACAAUUCUUCACUUGACAUAUCCGUCUUUAUGGCACUGACCGUUCUUACGAAUGUGUUUAUUGAAUUCCACGGCCGUUUCUCUGAUGUAUUGGUGAUGUGAUCGGAGUCAGCUGCCGUCGGUAUUUUCCGUGACGUGACCGGUGUGACCGUCUGACGCGUCACCCCCGGUCCUCGGACGUCACACAGACCCGAAACGGUCACCAGUGCCGACUGUGGGGUGGCCAGUGGCCAUGUAAGGUCUGCGCUCCGAGGGACCCGUCCUGGGUGGUCCAUGCAGCGAUCUGCCCUCUAUGUGAGUUGGGAGAGCCUCCUUACCGUCCGGAGACAUUUGUGAUAACAUGUGCAAGCGACUGCGCCCGCCCAUGUGAUUCGUAUUGUUUUGUCAAGAGAGUACAAUACACGCUUGGAAGUUUC